CAACAACAUUAUCAUCAUCAUUAUAAUAAUAAUAAUCAUGAAGCUAAUCAAACAAUGAUGAUGACCAAUUCAUAUGGUUAUCCUCAUCAUCCACAUCCACAUGGUCAUGGUCAUGGUCAUCCGGAUACAACAUUUCCAGCAAUGUUUUAUCAUCAUCAUCAUCGUCAUCCAUAUCAUCAUCAUCAUCAUCAUCAACAACAACAUUCGAUUGAAACAAAUUCAACACAAUUUUAUAUGCAAAAUUUUAACCAUAAUGAUCAUUAUCAACAACAACAACAACAAUCGCAUCAAUCACAAUCGGAAACAUCAUCAUCAAUUUCAAAUUGGUUUAAUUCAACAAAUUCUUUAUAUCCAUUAAAUUUUAAUUGUAAAUCAUCAUUAUCAUCAUCAGCCGCUAACGGAAUAAUAACAACAACAAAUGGUUCAGGUCCAAAUAGUGUUGUCAGUUCGAUAGGAUCAAUAUCACCAUCAUCGAGUAGUACGAAUGUAUUCUCACCAUAUCCAUCGACAUCAUCAACAACAACAACCACAGUAACAACAAUUCCAGUAACAUCAUCAUCAUCAUCAUCAGCACAAUCAAAUUCAUUAUUUCCAGCAUCAUCAUCAUCAUCAACAUCAAUGAACAAUAUGUCAUCCUCAUCAACAACGGCAACAUCAUCAACAUCAACAACAACAACUACUACACCAACACCAAUAUCAACAUCACCACAAUUAAAUAAUGGUAAUAAUCAACAAAUUGUAGCAAGUUGUUCGGUUGGUUCACCACAAUCAACAACAAAUAUUAAUAAUAAUAAUCAGAAUAAUAAUCAAUCAGGAUCAUAUCCACCAAAUCAUCCAUUAAGUGGAUCAAAACAUUUAUGCGCUAUUUGUGGUGAUCGUGCAUCCGGUAAACAUUAUGGUGUCUAUAGUUGUGAAGGUUGUAAAGGAUUUUUUAAACGUACCGUACGAAAAGAUUUAUUCUAUGCAUGUCGUGAAGAACGUAAUUGUAUUAUUGAUAAAAAACAAAGAAAUCGUUGUCAAUAUUGUCGAUAUCAAAAAUGUUUACAAAUGGGUAUGAAACGUGAAGCAGUACAAGAAGAACGACAACGUACUAAAGAAAAAAAUGAUAAUGAAGUUGAAUCAACAUCAAAUUAUAAUCAUGAUCUAUUAUUACAACAGAUUCGUGAAGCUGAAAUGCGUAUCGAUAUUAAAUUACGUAAAGAAAGAAUAAUGGAUAUAACUGAUGCCGUUAAACAACAAGUUGCUCAAUUAUUUGAAUGGGCUCGUAUGAUACCACAUUUUAUGGAAUUACAAGUUGAUGAUCAGGUAUUAUUAAUGAAAUCCGGUUGGAAUGAAUUGCUUAUUGCUGAAUUUGCACAUCGUUCAAUUGAAGCGGAUAAAGUAUUAGUAUUAUCAAAUGGUUUUUAUAUUAAUGAACAAGCGGCUAAAAGUACCGGUAUUGGUGAAGUAUUUCAACGUGUAUUAACCGAAUUAGUAAGUAAAAUGCGUGAAAUGCAAAUGGAUAAAACUGAAAUUGGUUGUUUACGUUCGGUUGUUUUAUUUAAUUCGGAAAUGAAAAAUCUUAAAUCAGUUUCAAAUGUUGAACAAUAUCGAGAUAAAGUAUAUGCAUCAUUGGAAGAACAUUGUAAAACACAUUAUCCAAAUCAACCUGGUCGUUUUGCUAAAUUAUUAUUACGAUUACCACCAUUACGUAGUAUUGGCCUUAAAUGUGUUAAUCAUUUAUUUGUUAAACAAUUGGGUUUAUUAAAUAGAAAUAUUGAUGAUUAUAUUUUAGAGAAUCUAGAAUCACCAUCAAUCAAUCAAUAAUUUAUUCUGGAUGCAUAAUAAUCCAAUUCUGUCAAAAAUGAUUGGGUUUGUUUUUUGUCUUGGACAACUUCGAUUGACUUUCCAUCUUCCAAAAUUAUUAUUUAGUAGUUUUUUUUUGAUUUUAUUUCUUGAUUUUAAAAAUAAUUUUUUUUUCUCAAAUUCAUAUCAAAAAAUUAGAAAGAGAAAAAGUGAGAAAAAAUAGAUUUAAA